AUGCGGUCCCAAACUGAUAUCGGAACUGGCCCAGCCAAGACAUCAAACACACUGGAACCACUGGAUGUCCUCUCAAAGCUAGAGCCGUCUCGAGGAGCCAGCCAUGCCCACUGGUGGAAGCGUACCGGGCCGCAGCUUGCCCUGAUGCUGAAGGAGGCAGGGUAUGCUGUGGACAAACAGUUUGAGGUCCUCCUGUUCUAUUACCACUGGAUAUCUCUCCUUUCGGACAUUGGUGUCCCACUGGAAUACUCGUGGAAAUGGGAUACAGCAGCAACCCGCCCCGACGUGCGCCUCACCAUCGAAGCCAUCAACGAACUCAGCGGCACCCGGUUUGAUCCCCUCAACCAGUCUCCCUCUCUCGAGCUCGUCCAGCGUCUGUCACACAUCCUGCCACGGCUCGAUGCGUCCUGGGCAAGCCACUUCCUCUCCAGCUUCUACGACCACGACAAAGUCAAGUAUGUGGAAGAGUCCCAGUCCGCGUCAGGAAUGCCUCUCCGGUCAACGAUGCUCGUCUGCUUCGAGUUCGGACACAACGGCACAACAUCCAAGACAUACAUGAGCCCCCGCAAACUGGGCCAGCAGGGAUUCGCCCCGCUGUCCGAGUACAUAUCCGCCAUCGAAGCCCUAGGACCCAACCUUGCCCUACACACUCUGACCGACUUCCUCAACACCAGCCCCGAAGGCCCCGACCUCAAACCCUUCAUGUUGGCCGUCGACAACAUCGCCCCGUCCGCCUCACGACUCAAGUUCUACUUCGCCACCCCGCGAACAAGCUACAACUCCAUCCGCGAAGUCCUCACCCUCGGCGGCCGCAUCAAGAGCCCAACCCUCGAGUCUAAGCUACGCACACUCCACAAACUUGUCAAAGUCAUCAUGCCUACGCCCCCCGAUCUCCCUGACGACGCCGACAUCCCAGCCCCUCCACCUCCUUCAAGCGCAAACCUAGAGUCCAAGUCCAACCCAGACAAGUCCACCGACAUGGCAAACCAGCGCCCCGACUUCUCCUCUGGAUACCAGUACUACUUCGAUAUCGCCCCCGGCGCCACACUCCCUGACAUCAAAUUCUACAUCGCCAUUCGCAAGGAGCAGAUGAACGACCGGGUUGUCGCGGAUGGGCUUACAGACUGGAUGAGAGCGCAGGGGCGCGGUGCGUUUUGCGAUGGGUAUGUCAGGGUUCUAGAGGGGUUGGCUGGGGGGAAGGAUUUAGGUCAGUGUCAUGGCCUGCAUACUCAUAUCUGCUGCAUGGUGAAGGCGAGCGGGGAGUUUGAGGUUACUUCCUAUCUGGCGCCGGGGGUUAAGCAGUAG